CAGUUUUAUUCCGCCUAGCACUCACACCAGACUCGAUACAGCAGGCGUCCCCCGGACCCGGUUUCUGCGACAAGAUUCCAGCCUACGACAACAGAGCCUCUCCGCUCAGCGCCAGAUCCAGUAUAGGCCCUCGGCACCACGACCAAAACAGCAUCUCCACCAUUUGUUGCCCGUUUCGUUCGUGAUACCAUCCAAGCAUCCAUCCCGCAAUGGCAGAUAUCACCGACCAACACGAACAGACCACUCCCCAGGAGUUGGACGACAGCCACGUCGGUAAUGGCAAUGCCGCUGCCCCCGAGAAUCGCGGCGUCAAGCGUCCGCGCAACAGCAUUCCUGACGAUGAUGAUGACGACGACGAGAAGGGCGGGCGCGAAAGGCGCAAAAUUGAAAUCAAGUUUAUUAGCGACAAGUCGCGUCGGCACAUCACAUUCUCGAAGCGCAAAGCUGGCAUUAUGAAGAAGGCAUACGAACUUUCCGUCCUCACCGGCACACAAGUACUGCUACUCGUUGUCUCGGAAACUGGCCUCGUCUACACAUUUACGACACCCAAACUUCAGCCUCUGGUAACCAAGGCAGAAGGGAAGAAUUUAAUCCAGGCUUGCCUGAAUGCGCCAGAGCCCACCCCUGGCAACGAGAAUGGCGUCGACGAUGGGAAUCAAAUCGAAUCGCCCGAAGAGCCGACCAACUCACACCUUCCUCCCCAGACCAGCCGGCCGGGAAUGCCCCAGAACCCACAUAUGCCAACUAAUUAUAUGCCAAACGUCCCCAUGGAUCCUAACGCCAUGGCCUACCCAGGUUACGUCCAGCGCGGCGCUCCUCCUGCUUACGGCAUGCCACCACAGUCUGGCAUGCCACAACACUCUGCUCACCAGUCCUAGUCGUCACUCUACCGGUGACUUUCUGCCUUGCGCUGAUACCCCGAUUAUAAUGCAUUGAUGAGGCUCGUUCUACCCAGGCAUUCUUCGUCCAACUUAUAAUUAUGAGAAUGGCCACCAAGC